UGCAUUUCUCAAUCCUUUUUCUAAUGAUGUCGCAAAUCGCAGGCCGUCAGAACACGUUCUAGAGUGCUGUAGAAAGACAGCAGCUUUAUGUCCAACUAGCUGCGUCCUUAAUGUACAUUUAUGUUUAUAUUCAUUCGUGAUUGUUCUUGAAUGGGUCACAUGGAAGAUCAUGCUGCUUUUGUUGGCACCUACACCGGAUGUGCUCAACACGAGCUUUUCUUGGCUGAGAUCGUGUUUAUGCUUGCUAUUGUAGUGCGCAAUUUAUCCUUACCAUGGGUAUUCCUAGGUAGAAAAUUCAAUACGAGUAUCUACGUAUAUUGGUUCAAGUUCCUUUUGGACUAUGCAUUUCUGGUGCUUCCGCCUUUGUUGGCGAUGACAACGCUCUCAGAUUCUUUGUUCUUGUUAACAUGUGUGCUCACUGCUUGUCUCCUCACACUUCUAGUGUUUAUCUGCUGUGAAUAUUUCGCGUCGCCGGAUCGACCAACAGUCAAGGUGGUUUUGAAUAGGAUUAUUGACGAACAACAUCGACCUACCACUUUCGUCACAUAUUACAGGGCUUCCGUGCUACUCCUUGUCGCCACCGCAAUUCUGGCUGUGGACUUCCCUGUGUUUCCUCGUCGACAUACCAAAACAGAGAAGUACGGGCAUAGCCUCAUGGACGUUGGUGUUGCUGCUUUCAUCUUUGCUUCUGCUUUAGCAAGCCGAGUAAAGAAUAUGUCAUCAUGGGAAGCGAGUACGAGAAGGAAAAAUUGGAACCGGUGGCUGCGUUCGUCAUAUGUUAUUCUUCCAUUGAUUGGUAUAACUCGAACAGCAAUCUUAACUUUUUUGGAUUAUCCACAGCAUGUAACGGAAUAUGGUGUUCACUGGAACUUUUUCUACACCUUAGCUGUAGUGAAGAUAGUUUCAAUGGCCUUACCGAAGACAUAUCCUUUGUUUUGGGCCUGUACUUUUGGCGUAUUGCAACAAACCAUGCUCAUACAAGGAUACGAGAAAUGGAUUUUGGAUGGUGAUAACCAGCGUGACAAUUUCUUCACGGCAAAUGCAGAGGGAAUUUGUUCUUUGAUGGGAUACCUCACUAUCUACUACAUAUCCGACACUAUUGGCUUAUUCAUUUCGAAAACGGGUAUCCGCAUAAAAUCUUGGAUUGAAUGUUGCUGGAGGCUGUUCGUCUUUUCGCUGGUCUUUUUCAUAAUGCAGCGCUUGUCCGAGUACACGUUAGGACCCCCGUCAAGACGAGUAGUCAAUAUGACUUACGUCUUUGCACAGAUGUCUCUCCUAACAUUCGGCCUCGCUGGUUUACUCUGCGUGCAGUUAUUUUCGAUAAUUGCAUGGGCUGCUAAUGUUCCAUACUUCUGCAUAGAUGACAGUCCAUGGAGUGGUGUAGAACCAUGUCUGACAGUAUCUGUGAAUAAGUCUGGACUGGUCUUCUUCCUGCUUUCCAAUCUGUUUACCGAUUCCACGAAAGCGUUCUUAGCGCCUAGACUGAUGACGUCGCAUACGUGAUUAAGUGUGGGUUUGUGGAGGGCUUUCUUGAUUGAGAUUAUGUUUAGGGAUAUGAAGCAUUUUUGCCCAUAUUGAAAUCCAUUGAAUUUCUGUAUAGAAUCCUAUUGCUGUUGUAUUUUGACCAAAUGACUUUAUCGAACAUAUCUCUUUUUUUUUGUUGAGAGCCUGUAUAAGUUUAUGUUUGUUACUUCUAGGAGUCAAUUCUUGAAGCAGUGAAGCUGUAAAUGAAUGAUUUGUCGACUACUU